UUUACCUUUCCCUGCGACCCAUUCGUGCUCUCUUCUAUAUGUCAUCUUCCAUGAUGUAAAAGGAAUCACUCCGGCUACCAUCAGCUUGAGAAUGGCGUCAGAUAUCUCCCCGGACCCCAGAUCUCAUCCUGUGGUUCGCUCCCUUCUCCGCAUUUCCCUCAGCGCCAAGGAGUACAAACGUCUCCACGAUUAUGCCAUCCAACGCGCUCCUUCAUCCUUUCAGGGCAGGCUUCCUUCGCCGUCCAAGUACGAAGCCAUCAUUCGCUCGAAAAACAAGCACAACGCCGCUGCUGUGCGGGCUUCGUUGCGAGUAUUCCUACUCUCGUUGUCCCUCACGAAGCUGGCUGAGGGUGUGAUGAGCCGGAUACGCGGUGAUAUACCGAGUAGCAAGUCGAGCAUCUCUUCCACCCGCUCCUCUAAGCUUCGUGUUUCCGCCUCCUUCGCGCUUAUCCUUCUCUUCCAUCGGUUCCUUUAUCGCUUCUUCGUUAAGCUGCGCGCCAACCUUCGCACAGACGACGCGCGGCCAUUCCGGGAUCGCAAUCCGCGAAUCUCCCAGGUGCUGACUUCACGCUUUGCUCCUGCCAUUGGGGGUAGUCUCGCAGGAUUUGCGCUUGGGAUUUGCCCACGGAGCCAGUUUCGCAUAAUAGCAGCAAUCUACUCGGCCACUCGUGGCUUGGAAUUCUUGUUCAAUGUACUGGAUGAGAAGGGGUGGUUUGAGAAUCGGCCUUCAUGGUUUGGUAGUUGGUUGUUGAUGCCCGUGGCUUGCGCGCAGCUUUUCCAUUCUUUUAUCUUCGAUCGAGAAGCUGUACCUACCUGGCUUACAAAAGUGAUCCUCGGACUCUCUCCGAGUUACAUCGGUGGUCGUCCUGAUAGUCUGCCUAUGGAUGUCGCAUGGCCUGGAAAGGAGGAUGUUGUCGAUUCGCUCGCACAUAUAUCCGCUCUGAAGUGGCCAUCAUUUGUCUCACCAAUCCUACAUCCCGGCAGUUCAAAGGUACUGCCUUCGUCACUGACGUCAAUCUCACCUGUUACUGGUUCUGCCCACCCGGCCAUCUCCAGUUUGUCAUGCGCUUUGCUUCAUCCUAGUAGCCCCAGCUGCAGUACCGCCUUCCUGCAUCAUAUCCUUCUCUCCGUGCCGCCCCUGACCCGCUUCUUGACCGCUAUCAGCCUGGCGCUCUCGUUGCGUAAAAUCAAAAACCUGGCGUUGCAUCCCAUCUCAUCUCUCAACGACCUUUCGCAGAAGAUCAUGAAACUCACCGCCGUUCUCUCGGCAUCUGCGGGCACCGCUUGGGCCAGCAUUUGCCUCUGGAACUCAGUCCUCCCCCGGUCGACCCUGCCCACCAAGCGCUUCUAUCUGAGCGGCGCCCUGGCAGGAGUCCCAUUCGCGGUCCUCGGGUCAAAACGCGGUCUCUUUCUAUACUUCUUCCGCACCGCUCUAGCCACAGCCUGGAAGACAGCGGCCAAGCGGGGAUCGUGGACCGGGUGGAACAACGGAGAGCUGGGCAUCAUUGUGGCCAGCUGGGCGCUGGUGGGGUGCAUUCUCGAGUCCCGCCCCGCAGCGGUGCAAGGGAAGGGCGUGAGGAAGGCUCUGUCGUGGAUGAGAGGGGACGGGUUUGCCGAUCCAUUGAAAGUCGCGGAGAAACGGAAGGCAAAGAAGGCAGCAGCCGCGCAGAAGAAGACGGAGGAUGAUGCUUCGACGUGAUAUGGCAAUGCAACUCUGGGCCCUCCCGCCUCGCGGUCUUUUGUAUCGACUUAGUUUGUUCAUUCACGGAGCUGGCUUCGGUCGUUAUUAUCUUGCAUAUAGCUUAGCUAGCUGUAGUGUAUUUUGUGCUGUUUGAUCUUGGGGAUCGAAUUACGACACGCACACUUGACCAUUUUUCUGUGGCAUGUGGCGGUACCUAGCGAAACUCGGAAACUUACACCAAACAUGUGUCUUUU